CACGCUUGAGAUUCGACAGGAGGGGUCUGUAAAGUCUGGAGUUAUCAUCGCCUCUGUUUUAUGCUUGCUGGGUAAAAGUCUGGGCUAUUUUUCACAAGGAGUCUGCAUGUCUAUCAUUUAGACAUGCUCAGCUUUGUGGAUACACGGAUUUUGUUGCUGCUUGCAGUAACGACGUUCGUAGCAAGAGGCCAAUUUGGAGAGGAAUACAAUGGAAAUGAUGAUUACCAAGAUGAAUUAAUGGGACCACAAGGACUCCCUGGCAACCAAGGCCCACAUGGAGACAGGGGUCCACGAGGACCAGACGGUAAAGAUGGACUCCCAGGCAAGCCGGGCCUUCCUGGACCUCCUGGACCACCUGGCUUAAGCUUUGCUGCUCAAUUUAAACGUGAUGAACAAAUCCCAGGAAUCGUGGGCCCAAUGGGAAUGAAAGGUCCACAGGGUGCCCCUGGAGCUCCUGGUUCUCCUGGGCCUCCAGGUCUUUCAGGCAUUCCAGGUGAAGCCGGUUCUUCUGGUCCAUCUGGCCCUCGUGGUCCUCAAGGUGUACCUGGCAAGCCUGGUGAAGAUGGUUCAAAUGGCAAACCUGGCAAAUCUGGUGAUCGUGGUAAUAUUGGACCUCAGGGAGCUCGUGGCUUCCCAGGAACUCCUGGUCUUCCUGGCAGAAAAGGACACCGUGGUUUCAAUGGUUUGGAUGGACUUAAGGGAGAGUCAGGAGCUACUGGUGUAAAGGGUGAAACAGGCAACCCAGGGACAAAUGGCAGCCCCGGACUCAUGGGUCUUCGUGGUCCACCAGGUGAAAGAGGUAGCUCUGGACUUUCUGGUGCAGCUGGGAGUAGAGGAAGUGAUGGAAUGCCAGGACCUACAGGCCCUCCUGGACCUAUUGGUCUUGCCGGCCCUCCAGGUUUCCCAGGCAUUGCUGGUCUCAAGGGUGAGGUUGGCCCAGCGGGUCCAUCUGGCCCAUCUGGUGCUCAAGGGUCUAGAGGUGAACCUGGCGUUGUUGGUCCUGUUGGCCCAAUGGGUUUUCCUGGCAAUGCAGGUAUCAACGGUCUCACUGGAUCAAAGGGUGCAAUGGGUGCUCCAGGUAUCGCAGGUGCUCCUGGCUUUCCAGGAGCCCGUGGUCUGCCCGGCCCUGCAGGUGCUGUAGGUCCCGCAGGUCUUAGAGGGCUCUCUGGUGAUCCCGGUCCUCAAGGUAUCAAGGGUGUGACUGGUAAUAAAGGCGAGUCUGGUGAAGCUGGACCUGCAGGUUCCCCUGGAACAUCUGGUGAACAAGGCAAGCAGGGUAGUCGUGGUGAAGUUGGUCUUCGGGGACUACCAGGAAUUUCCGGUGAAAGGGGUUCCCCUGGUAGCCGUGGUCCUCCAGGUCGUGAUGGAGCAGCUGGUUCCAUGGGUGCGGCUGGCAGACGUGGUGAAACUGGUUCCGCUGGUGCCAGAGGCCCUCCUGGUGACCUGGGUCGUCCCGGUGAAAGUGGUCUGCCUGGUCCGCGGGGUCGUAUGGGACAAGCUGGUAGAACUGGUAGUAUGGGAAAUCCAGGUGUUCCAGGUGCAGUUGGUGAGGAGGGUCGCACUGGUCCCAAUGGUCCUGUUGGCCCAAGAGGUCAGGCUGGUAUGAUGGGCUUCCCCGGUCCAAAAGGAGCUUCUGGAGCAGCUGGUAAACCUGGUGAUAGAGGAGCUGUUGGUCCUGCUGGCGAAAGGGGUGCUCCUGGCAAAGAUGGUGAGAGUGGAGCCCAAGGUGCUACUGGUGUUGUAGGUUCUACCGGUUCCAGAGGUGAACAAGGGCCCUCAGGCAGUGCUGGAUUCCAGGGUCUCCCUGGUCCUUCUGGUGCAGCUGGAGAACCCGGUAAACCAGGUGAUAAGGGUCUCCGAGGUGAUCCUGGGAGUCAAGGCACUUCUGGCCCAAGGGGUGAACGAGGUGUGCCAGGUGAACGAGGCCAUCAGGGUGCUGCAGGUUCAGUUGGGCCUCGUGGUGCCCCAGGUGCCCCUGGAACUGAUGGUGGUAAGGGUGAAGUUGGUGGUCCUGGUCAUGCUGGUGCUCCAGGUCCUCAAGGUUCUAUCGGUAUGCCAGGUGAGAGAGGUGCUGCUGGAGUUCCUGGUGCUAAAGGUGAAAAGGGUGAGGUUGGUCCAUUUGGUCCACUAGGAAAUCCAGGCAGGGAUGGCCCACGGGGUGCCCCUGGUUCUGCUGGUGCUCCUGGUCCUGCUGGACCCCCUGGUGACAGGGGUGAAGCUGGUGCUUCUGGCCUAUCUGGCUUAAUUGGUGAACGUGGUAUUCCUGGUGAACGUGGAGAAGCUGGACGUGCCGGUCCCACUGGAUUUGUUGGACCUCCUGGUGCUGAUGGACACGCUGGAGCUAAGGGAGAGAAAGGUGUUACUGGUGCUAAAGGAGAACUCGGUUCUUCUGGUGCUGUGGGUUCUCCUGGUCCUACUGGUCCUGCGGGUGCUGCUGGAGAACCUGGUCUACAAGGAGCUAUGGGUUCAGGUGGUGCACCAGGUAUGACUGGCUUCCCAGGCCCCGCUGGCUUAGUUGGAGCUGUAGGCCCAGCUGGUCCUCAAGGUCCAGUAGGUCCUGUUGGUCCAUCUGGUAAUUCAGGCCCACAAGGUGCAAGAGGUGACGCUGGUCCACAAGGUCGUUCAGGAUCAACAGGUCCUGCUGGUCUACGUGGUUACCCUGGAGAAAAGGGCGCAUCUGGUGAUACAGGAGCUGUUGGAAUUGCAGGCAGUCCAGGGCCUCAAGGUUUACUUGGUCAUGUUGGUUUAAUUGGUCUACCGGGAGCAAGAGGAGAACAAGGUGUCCCAGGUAUCGCAGGUCCAACCGGUUUGCCUGGCCCAACUGGUCCUGCAGGUGCUCCAGGUUCUCGUGGCAAAGCUGGCUCUGCUGGUCCAGUUGGUCUGGUUGGUCAACCAGGUGAAGCUGGCCGUGAUGGAAAUCCUGGUAGCGAUGGUGCUCCUGGUCGUGCUGGAUUCGCUGGGGCCAAGGGUGAGCGUGGUGAAGCUGGCAGGGCUGGUAAUCCUGGGUCACUUGGUCCUCCUGGCGCUCCCGGUCACAUAGGUCCAGUUGGCAAGGCUGGCAACCGUGGUGAGAGUGGUCCAUCUGGUGCAACUGGUGCUUCUGGUUCAAUGGGUCCCAGAGGACUUACUGGUCCACAAGGUCCACGAGGAGAAAAAGGUGAAACCGGUAACCCUGGUGCCAGAGGCCUGAAAGGAUUAAGAGGACCUGGUGGCCUACAAGGUCUCCCUGGUGUUGCUGGAAUUUCUGGUGAACCUGGUGGUCAUGGCCCUGCUGGACCGUCUGGCCCAAGAGGUCCAGCCGGUCCUUCUGGUCCUCCUGGCAAAGAUGGUUCCCCUGGGCAUAAUGGUCCAAUGGGUCCUGUUGGUCAUCGUGGUAGGGAUGGUGAACGUGGUCCCCAAGGUCCUCCAGGUCUUGCCGGUCCCCCUGGAUUCCCUGGUGUCGCUGGUGGUCACUAUGAAGUGAGCUAUGAUCAUGAGUAUUACAGAGCUGAUCAACCUGCUGCAAGAGAGAAGGAUCUCGAAGUUGAUGCCAAACUGAAAGUUUUGACCAGGCAGAUUGAGAACAUCCGCAGCCCUGAAGGCUCAAAGAAAAACCCUGCUCGCUCAUGCCGUGACCUGAGACUCAGCCAUCCUGAGUGGAUGUCAGGUUACUACUGGAUUGAUCCCAACCAAGGAUGCAUCAUGGAUGCCAUCAGAGUUUACUGCAACUUAGUAUCUGGAGAGACUUGUGUACAUGCUAACCCAGACGUCAUUGAACGUAGGAACUGGUGGCGUAGCCGUAACCAAGAACAAAAACACAUCUGGUUUGGUGAAACUAUUAAAGAUGGUGUGCAGUUCGUUUACAAUGAUGAACACAUUACUCCAUUUGUCAUGGGGACCCAACUGACCUUCCUGCAGCUUCUGUCGAAUGAAGUCUCCCAGAAUAUCACCUACCAUUGUAAGAACAGUGUAGCAUACAUGGAUGAGACUGGAAGUCUGAAAAAGUCAGUUAUCCUUCUCGGUUCCAAUGGCAUUGAGUUCCGAGCCGAAGGUAACAGCAGAUUCACUUACAGCGUUCUGGAAGAUGGCUGCACGAAACACACCGGUGGAUGGAGUAAGACAGUCUUUGAAUCCAGAUCACAGAAAACAACUCGCUUGCCAUUUAUGGACAUUGCACCUAUGGAUAUUGGUGGCCCAGAACAAGAAUUUGGUUUGGACAUUGGCCCAGUCUGUUACAAAUAAAUGAACUUGAGCUAAAUUAGAAUACUCUCUGCAUUUUUUCUUUUAUUUUUUACAUUGCUGACUCAUUCCAUGUCUUCUGCUCAUCCACUUGCUUAAGUUCUGGGCUUAAAGAGAAGUAGGAAAUCCAGGAAAAGGAAAAUUGUUUUCUUCAUGCAGUUUUAAUGCAAUUCCCGACAACUUAAAAAAUUGAAGAAAUUAUUGCAGGUGAAACCUUGCCCUGAAGGUUAAAAUCAAAACAAUGGAAAGUAAAUAAAGGAACGUGAAAAAGA